AUGAAACAGAAUUUUAAGCUCCUCUUUUUUAUUAAAAUCUUUGUAUUUGAACUUUGUAUAUGGAUAUGCCAUUAUAACAAUAAUUAUAACUGUGGUAAAUCGAUGUUUAAGAAGUAUAAUAUAUAUGAAGAUUCAGCUUUAACAACUAAUAGACUACUAUCAGAGAGUUCGUUGGAUUCAAAAUCGACUAGAGUUACAUCUGUUGACGAAAAUAGCACUAAAUUAAUAGAUCAGCGCGAAUAUAAGUAUAAAAACGACAAAUGCCCUAUAACAGAAGGAGAAAAAAUAAAAGGAAUUUUAUUAAAAACAGGGGAAGGUAAUGAAUUAGAUAAGAAAAAAGAAUCUUCUUUAUCUAAUGGAAUAGAUACAUUUUUUGAAAAACAAAAAUUUAAUCAAUUAGAUUCCAUAGAUAAAAUAAACUGUAACAAAAAAAAUAAUGAAAAGACUGUAAGUAGAACCAUAGAUGAAAAGAUAUCUUUACUAAUUAGACCACCCUUUAUAGUUUUUUUCAUAGGAUUAUUAAUUAUAAUAAUAUAUAAUUCUAUCAAAGGAACUACUGGAAGUACAAUAAAUGAUUAUAUAGGACUUAUUAUUUUAGGGGUUUUAAUAUUUUUGGGUAUCUUAAUUGUAUUAGCUAUUAUUUAUGCUUCUAAAAAAAUUGAAAAACGUGAAAAAAUAAAUUGCAAAUAG